AUGGAGUCGCAAACUCCCUUGAAUCACAAGGCCUCCCAGGAGACUAUGAUAUCUCUCCUGCAGCUGGAUCCCCAACCGAUAGAGAGCCCCAACGAGAAACCUCUCCCGCCUCUACCUGAGCAAAGCUUGGAAAGCUCCACGAGCAGCCUUGAGGCCGAGUCCAAGUCCAAGUCCGGGACGUCCAGCCCGCAUUCUUCAGCCCUCGGGCUCAGUGGAAGCGGCCAUGGACCAGUUUAUUACUUAACGAGGAUACAGCGCUACUCCUCCUACACAUUCACCGUCUUUGCCGGUCUGCACAUGGUCAACACCUCGAUCGUACCCCUGAUAUACAAUUCCGUACCCUACUCCGAGCCCUUCCUCCUCAUGGCUCGCGAGAUAUACCAAACACGCCUAUCCGAGCCUCUUCUCGUCGGUCUCCCCAUUGUCGCCCACGUCGCCUCCGGACUCGCCUUGCGCCUCAUCCGCCGGUCACAGAACCUGAAGCGAUACGGAGGCGCGACCCCGGGCAUGCUACAUUCUCAUUCCCCCGUCGUGGCCCACAUUUUCCUAAAUCGCAUCCUGCCCUUGAUUGUCGAGGGUGACAGCUCCAACAUUGGUCUGCAGUAUGUCUCGCAUGGCUUUGCGCGACAUGGCCUGCAGCCUUGGAUUGCGUAUGCCCUCCUCCUGACCGCUGGCGCUGGCCAUUUCGUAUGGGGCUGGGCAAAGUGGUUAAACCUUGCGCCGCCCAUGAACUGGAGGAAGACUACCGUGGACAAGGCGCUAAGAAAGAGAAGGAGCAGGGCAUGGUGGGGGAUCAACGGGCUUGCAGCGCUUGUUGCUGGUGUUUGGGCUGCUGGUGGGCUGGGAGUCGUCGCAAGAGGAGGUGCCGCAUAUGGAUGGCUGGGCAAGGUGUACGAUGCUAUAUAUGCUCGCGCUGGCCAGUAA